AUGGGCGGGGCUCGACCUCUAUGUGAAGGUGCGAGGGGUAUUCUGGAGCGUGAGGGCUGGUGCGGUGGAGGUGCUAGGAAGCGUCCCCUCCAGGUUCCCUUAAGUCAAAGUCCUGAAGAGCUGUUUGCAAAAGUUGAAAACAAUACUAACAUUGCGAGAAUACGGCCGGAAUACUCAUGUUCGGUAGAAGCUUCACUUAAACGCCGCAUCGCAGACCUGGAAGAACAGGAUAAUGUCAUUUAUUUCCUAUUUAAUGGCAGUAGAAUUCUUCAGCACUUACUCACCAAUAUUGGGAUCAGACAUCUUAAAUAUUAUUUGGCAACAAAGGAUGCAUACGGAUGCACCGCAGUAGUUAAUCGCACCGAACCGUACUCCAACUAUAUUGCAUGCCUGUUUGUGUGA